AUGUACUCCAAGGAUGAAGUCUGUUGCUGUGCUUCGCUCCGUCUCACGACUUGCGGUAAAGGCGAUAUGAGGAUGAAUGUUGCUUGUCAUCUUCCAGUUCGUGCCUUAUCAACUUCGCAGAGGGCAUUCAAUGUCGCUCCGGAACUGGCUCAAGCACUGACGAGGGAAAUCGAGGCCGAGCAGCAGUUGUCCCAGGAAAAUCUCGGUGGAUCGCCGCACCUUCAUUCCAAGGUUUCAAGCUCACAACUAAAGAAGCCGAGGUGCGCCUAA